GAGGCGGCGGGGGCCGAGGCAGCGGCGGCGGGGUCCUGGCGUGGGCCGGCAGGGAGGGAGAGACUCGGGCCGCGGGCCACAGUGGAUGGUUUCUAAAAUGAUCAUCGAAAACUUCGAAGCGCUCAAAUCCUGGCUCAGCAAGACCCUCGAGCCUAUCUGUGAUGCUGACCCAUCAGCUCUGGCUAAAUAUGUUCUUGCUUUGGUAAAGAAGGAUAAAAGUGAAAAAGAGCUGAAGGCAUUAUGUAUUGAUCAACUGGAUGUAUUUCUUCAGAAGGAGACACAGAUAUUUGUAGAAAAACUUUUUGAUGCUGUGAAUACGAAGAGCUACCUACCUCCACCCGAACAGCCAUCAUCAGGAAGUCUAAAGGUAGAAUUUUUUCAACACCAAGAAAAAGAUAUAAAAAAGGAAGAGGAGAAUGAUCUUCAGACUGGAAAGGAUAGAACAAACAUGGUUAAAAGGGAAUUGGAGCCAAAGAUAGGUGAGGAGAUAGUGAGAGAGCACCUAGCGACUCUAAAUGAGUUCAAGUCUCCUGGCCUGGACGAAUUACACCCUAGGGUGCUGAAAGAACUCACAGAUGUGAUCGCUGAACCGCUGUCGGUGAUCUUUGAUGAAUCGUGGAGAACGGGAGAGGUGCCGCGGGACUGGAGACGGGCAAAUGUCCCAAUUUUCAAAAAGGGGAAGAAGGUGGAUUCCACAAACUACAGACCGAUUGCAAAGGAAGAGGAACGAGAGAAGAAAUUUUCUAGAAGGUUAAAUCAUAGUCCUCCCCAGUCAAGUUCCCGCUACAGAGAAAAUAGGAGCCGUGAUGAAAGGAAAAAGGAUGACCGUUCUCGAAAAAGAGAUUAUGAUAGAAACCCACCUCGAAGAGAUUCUUAUAGAGACAGGUACAAUAGAAGAAGAGGGCGGAGCCGAAGUUAUAGUCGAAGUCGGAGUCGGAGUUGGAGUAAAGAGCGGUUGCGAGACAGAGAUAGAGACAGAAGCAGGACUAGAAGCCGCAGUCGAACACGAAGCAGGGAAAGAGAUCUGGGAAAACCAAAAUAUGACCUGGAUAGAACAGAUCCAUUAGAAAACAACUAUACUCCAGUUUCUUCUGUAACUAACAUUUCAUCUGGCCACUACCCUGUUCCUACUUUGAGCAGUACUAUUACUGUCAUUGCUCCUACUCAUCAUGGUAAUAACACUACGGAAAGCUGGUCUGAAUUUCAUGAAGACCAGGUGGACCAUAAUUCUUACGUAAGACCUCCAAUGCCAAAGAAACGUUGCCGAGAUUAUGAUGAAAAGGGUUUCUGUAUGAGAGGAGACAUGUGCCCUUUUGAUCAUGGAAGUGACCCUGUAGUUGUAGAAGAUGUAAACCUUCCUGGCAUGCUGCCUUUCCCAGCACAACCACCUGUUGUUGAAGGACCACCUCCUCCUGGACUUCCCCCACCUCCACCUAUUCUGACACCUCCACCUGUGAAUCUUAGACCUCCAGUGCCGCCUCCAGGUCCAUUACCACCUAGCCUUCCUCCUGUCACAGGACCACCUCCUCCACUUCCUCCUUUGCAGCCAUCUGGUAUGGAUGCUCCUCCGAACUCUGCAACCAGUUCUGUUCCUACUGUAGUAACAACGGGUAUUCAUCACCAGCCUCCGCCUGCACCACCCUCUCUCUUUACAGCAGUUUUUGUAUUACCAGAUACAUAUGACACAGAUGGCUAUAAUCCUGAAGCCCCAAGCAUAACAAACACUUCCAGACCUAUGUAUAGACACAGAGUGCAUGCCCAAAGGCCUAAUUUGAUAGGACUUACUUCAGGAGAUAUGGAUCUGCCACCCAGAGAAAAGCCUCCUAAUAAAAGCAGUAUGAGAAUAGUGGUUGAUUCAGAGUCAAGAAAAAGAACCAUUGGAUCAGGGGAACCUGGAGUUCCUGCUAAGAAGACUUGGUUUGACAAGCCAAACUUUAAUAGAACAAAUAGCCCAGGUUUUCCGAAGAAAGUUCAGUUUGGAAAUGAAAAUACCAAACUUGAACUCCGGAAAGUUCCUCCAGAAUUGAAUAAUAUCAGCAAACUUAAUGAACAUUUCAGCCGGUUUGGAACUUUGGUCAACUUACAGGUUGCCUUUCAUGGUGAUCCUGAAGGUGCACUUAUCCAAUUUGCAACAUAUGAAGAAGCAAAAAAAGCAAUCUCUAGUACAGAAGCAAUUUUGAAUAAUCGUUUUAUUAAAGUCUAUUGGCACCGAGAGGGGGCUGCCCAGCAACUGCAGACAGCUUCCCAGAAAGUUAUACAACCAUUAGUCCAGCAACCCAGUUUACCUGUUGUGAAGCAGUCUGUGAAAGAACGAUUAGGUCCAGUACCUUCAAGUAAUAUUGAACCCGCAGAAGCCCAGAGUGCUAGUACAGAUAUUCCUCAGAAUGUAACUAAGUUAUCUGUGAAGGACAGGUUGGGUUUUGUAUCAAAGCCAUCUGUUUCAGCAACUGAAAAGGUGUUGUCCACUUCUACCGGCCUCACAAAAACAGUGUACAAUCCAGCUGCUUUGAAAGCUGCGCAGAAAUCCUUACCUGCUGUUUCCAUCUCUACAUUAGAUAACAGCGAAGCACAGAAAAAAAAACAGGAAGCACUAAAACUGCAACAGGAUGUGAGAAAAAAGAAGCAAGAGAUUCUAGAAAAGCACAUUGAAACACAGAAGAUGUUAAUUUCAAAACUGGAGAAAAACAAAGCAAUGAAGUCUGAAGAUAAGGCAGAAAUAAUGAAAACUUUGGAGGCUUUGACAAAUAGCAUUACUAAAUUAAAAGAUGAGUUGAAAGCUGUUUCAUCUGGAAGCUCCCUUCCCAAAAGUGUGAAAACCAAAGCUCAGAUGCAGAAAGAAUUACUGGACACAGAACUGGAUUUGUAUAAGAAGAUGCAGGCUGGAGAAGAAGUCACUGAACUUAGGAGAAAAUAUACAGAACUACAGCUUGAAGCUGCAAAAAGAGGGAUUCUUUCUUCUGGUCGAGGGCGAGGAAUUCAUUCAAGAGGUCGAGGUACAACUCGGGGCAGAGGAAGGGGUCGUGGUCGAGGGAGAGGAGUUCCUGGUCAUGCUGUGGUAGACCAUCGCCCAAGAGCAUUAGAGAUUUCUGCAUUUACCGAAAGUGAUAGAGAAGACCUUCUACCCCAUUUUGCGCAAUAUGGUGAAAUUGAAGAUUGUCAGAUCGAUGACUCCUCUCUUCACGCAGUAAUUACAUUCAAGACAAGAGCAGAAGCAGAAGCAGCUGCAAUUCAUGGGUCUCGUUUCAAAGGGCAAGAUCUUAAACUGGCCUGGAAUAAGCCUGUAAUUAACAUGUCAGCUGUUGAAGCAGAAGAAGUUGAGCCUGAUGAAGAGGAAUUUCAGGAAGAGUCUUUGGUGGAUGACUCAUUGCUUCAAGAUGAUGAUGAAGAGGAAGAGGACAAUGAAUCUCGUUCUUGGAGAAGAUGAUUUGACUCAUCAUUGAUCUACAAAUGCUAGGACUCUACCUGUGUUUCAUUAGUAUUACCUAAUGUACUUUUACAUAUUUGUAAAAACAAUUUUUGGUAAAAUGUGAUGAAGAUGGAUUUCAAAAAUAGACUAAAGAGAAGAAACUACCUUCUGAUCCUGUAUUUUGAAAGAUUGCUGUUUGAGUUUUAUUUCAGUAAACAAUUGCUAAAGACAUCACACUAGAAACAUAUGCAAUGUUUUUAUUACAUACUUCUACUGAGCGUUACAGAAUUCUUUGGGUUCUUUGUAAUUUAAUGAAUAGGUCUGAAAAAUAUAUGACCAAUACUUGUUAUAACUUAGAGGAUUUUUGUUUUAUUCCAAAGUAUCAAAUGGAUUUGCAUUAAAAAUCUUAAAUGAAUGUUUCCAAAAAUGAAUAGAUAACAUA